AUGGCUGUAGUACCACCACCGGCCAAUAUGCCUCCUCUUCUCCUCCUCUUCCUCAACCCCAACAUCACCAACACCAAAACAGGGGUAGCAGCCAUUACUAGCACUGCAGGGGAAGCACACCACUGCAAUUUAGGGCAGGCUGGCAUGACACCACUGCGGGCACAACCCACUGCCGUCACCCCCAGCCAUCCAUGCAAGUGGCGUUAUCCCUCCACUGCUGCAGCUCUGCCACCGAUAGGCAGUAGCAAGCCACGGCGCCUCCACCACACCUAUAACAUCGUGUUGUCCGCGGCACUACCGUUAGCUAGGGGCACCACCGCCAAAUCCUCUACAUUUCCCAAAAUAGUUGCACGUGUGGGGGCCUCUUUUGGGCUUCCAAAACCUCCAAAUCCCUACUUCAUUUCUCAUUACUCUUCAGUAGUUACAGGUGAUGUUGAGUUUGAUGAACCGUAUGGCGUGAGCAUUGAUGAGGAGGAUGAGCUGUCCUACUUCCAAUUGAUGGGUGGUUCACCAUAG